UUGCGCAUAUUUAAAGACUGCACUUUGGAGUUGUUCCCCGGAUAAUUACCAGAAUCUGUUCAACAACUCGAAUCAUCAAAUUUUUAUCUUCCCUCAGUUUAGUCUUCAAAAUGGUCCACAAAGGGCAAACCCAUCACUUCAAUUCUCUCGCCACCUCUGCGAAUGCAUCCCAACGCGUCCCCAUUCCUUCUUUGCUCCCAAGGUUCACGGCGACAGAUAGGAUCACAGUCGGCAAACUACAUCCAUCACCUUUGAGUCCAAUGCCUCUCAGUGACUCUUUUCCAACCCAUCAUCCCGAGCCGACACUCAAUCCAUAUGAACAUAGUUCAUCUGCGCCACCGCGACAAACAACCAAGAAGCCCCCAGUCUCCCAAAUUCUCGCUGAUGGGUUUUAUGACGAGUACAGCGACAUGCAACACGUAGUGGCUCGGUACCAAAUCACUCAAACACACUAUUCGGGUUCACAAGUACCGAUUCCAGUUUCCGCGUCGAAGUUUCAAUGCUUGAUUAAAGAACCCACUAUCCGGUUCUUAGAAAUAUGUGGAGAAUUUUUGAUCUGGCUGUGGUUAUUUAUGUGGAAGAAAUUCCAUGCCUUAUUGCCCGAACAUCAAGAUCAAAUAUUACCCAGCCAUCGGGGGCCUUCUCUUCCUCAACUUUACAAAUUGCUCAUUCCGAUAUCCGGGUAUAAUUUGGAGAUUGAAGGAUGUGUUGUAAACUCUGAGAAAGUUCAUGAUGUUCGCUAUCAGAUAUACCGCCGACCUGAUUUCACUGAAAAUGAAAUCAAAGCCGAUAUAAUUUAUCUUCCGGAAACUCCUCUGAACGGCCCAAUGGAUGUAUCACCCCUGAUGGCUGCAUUCAUCCAUGGAGGACACAGGAUCGUGAUUCCCCAAGUCAGCGGGCCGGAGAAAUCGGUCCCCGACGUAGGACACCAAUCUCGCGUUAUUGCCUUGGUGCUUCGACAUCUUAAAUCUAAGGACCAAGAGUCGGUGAAGAGGCUUCGACCUCAACAAGCGCACUUAGGCACAGAGACUAUUUCAAGUCUCGGCAGCACGUUGUCUUCUUCAACUUGUUACUCGGGGAACCGACCCGUUUUCUUACUUGGCUUGGGACAUGCCGCCUUAGUUGCGCUCUCCUAUCCCCUUGAGAUCGGACAGCCGAUUCAUGAAUUCCCGCAGCCGCUUGGAUCAUCCGGUGCACUAUCGAUUCCAUCGGUUUCUGCGCGAGCGGAACCUCCGCGGUCGCUGAUGGGAAAACUCAAUAGCUUUUGUGAUUCAGUUAACUCUGGGAUGACGGGUCUUGGAUGGUGGGCUCAAGGGACUGCAAGGCAGGCAAGAGCGGAAUUCAAAUCUUGUGGCCCCUUGCCAAAAAUACAUGGUAUAAUUGCGAUUGGACCGAUGUUAGACCCAAGCGGGAGUAACCAUAAGCAAAAAUACUGGUUUAAAAAGCCCAAGCAAGUCUCUCAAGGGAUCGGACCAGCAAGUUAUUCACCCUCAAUGAACAAUGCGGUCAAAAGGCUACACCUCAACGCAAGUAACAUCAGGGUUCCAGUCAUGAUAGCACAUGGUACCAAGGAAGCGUUCAGUCUCAUAGAAGGGAUUAACUCUUUCUAUGGAGCACUUGCUUCAGCGGAUUCCACCCUUAUCUUCUGUCCUACCUUACGGCACGGCGGAGACCUGGCAGGCGAUUCGGCUCGUAACGGACUUGCAAAUGACUGCAUGAGAUGGAUUGAUUGCCUCGACUCAACAGCCGCGAUUACCCCAGAGGUCUCGGCUCAGACACUAUGUCUACCCACCAAGAAACAACACCCUGAACCUAAUCCAAGCGCUUCUAUUAACGAAGCUGAGGAUACAUCAUCAGUCGAUGCACCUGAGGCUGUUAUGACUGAGCCAGUUGCCGUGCUGGCUGGUCAGCUCGAAGAAGACAAUUGUUCUACCGAUUUUAGUUCUUGGUUUGGCUCUGAGGGUCCUUGCAGUAUUCAGACUCUUUCUCGGAAUCCCUCAGCUGGCGCAAGUAUCUACAGUUCUACCUCUCGGGGCGCAAGAUUAUCUUCAGGAUCAUACUUUUACUCGCCGGAAUUGAUGGGAUCGAUUUCACUGGAGAUGAAACUCGACUCUCCUCACUUGAGCAGUGGUUUCUCAAGUCCAGCUCCUCGAACCCCGGCAACCGAUUUCUUCCCAUUUCUACCCCCAUCGGCUAAGAUAAUUGAUCAUCACCAUGGUCCUCACGGUGUUGUAUCUGUUGUGAGAAGCAAUCGAGAUAGCUACCAAUCUCUAUCAUGUAUCAACAUCCCCGGAAGCAGCCUAGGAUUCAACUGAAGAG